GCGCUUUUCUGCCACUAUCCCUUUGUUUUGCUGCUGCACAGGUGUGCAGGAAGCGGUGGAUCGACGGAGCGAGGCUGUCCGGGCCCUUGUGGAGACGACGAGGUUUGGUCAUUGAACCUUCGGGAAGCAGCAGGAAGAAGAAGAAGAAGAGGAAGAGAAGGAGAGGAAGAAGAAGAAGAAGAAGAAAGGAGGGGUUCUGCAGAGGUUUGCAGGGGAGCGGGGACGGAAACCUUCGUCAGCAAUCGCGCGGAGCAGAAACCGAGGCAGAGGCUCGAGAAAUUGCGACGGGAAUGCGUGCGUAGAGUAGCGGAGGAAUUUCGAAGCGGCCGUUCGAGGUAUGGCGAUGGCUCACACGAUGAGUUCGUCCUUGUCGUGCGUCCACCAGGUCGCCCCUUCUUCGGUUUGUAGUAAUUCGCCCGUGGGCAGGGCCAGCAGCAGCAGCAGCAAGGACGUGGUUCUGCUCGGAAUCGCCCCGUCGACCUACGGGUCUGCUAAGCGUCGCCCGGCCAUGACCGUGUCUCUCUCCAGCCUCGGCGGGUGCGCCACAGCACUCCAGCCAGCCCGCGGACUGGGGUUUUCGCAAGCGUUUCAUGGGCUCGGUCAGUUAGCGAUUUCUUGUCCCAGGGGUGGGCUUCUGCCUCUUGGACAAUUACCAGGUUCAAGGUGUUUUAGCACUACCAGUUCACCCGAGGAGGGCGUCGUGGGCGUUCCUAGCAAGGAGUCUUUCAUUCGGUCAGCUAUGGUUGUUAUGAAGAAAGGGUACGGAGCUUUUGGGGGAGCAACGUUGGAGAAGUCUAAACUUGACCUGUCGCAAUCGCAAGCGAAAGUGUCACCGCAGCUAGAGGACGGUGGUGGCGGAGGAGACAUUGGAAACCGAAAUUCCCACGGUGGUGGAGACGGAGGUGAUGAUGGUGGCGAUGAUGACGACUAUUUCGGGGAGGAUGACGGUGGCGACGACGGUGACGAUGGUGGCUUUUUUGGGAGGAGGGUUUUAGUGCCUGAGAUAUUUGACCGAAAAAUCGUUGAAGCCGUCCUUCAAGAAUGGUACAUGACCAUGAGCAAUCUGCCCGCUGGAAUUCGGCAGGCAGUCGAGAUGGGUUUGAUUAGUACUGCCCAAGUGGUUCGCUUUAUGUCAAUUAACGCGAGGCCGACCAUGACGAGAGCUAUUGCAAGAGCCGUACCGGAUGAAGUUUCGAGAGCCUUUGUUGGGAGAGUGCUGGCUGAUCCAUCUUUCGUCUUUAAAGUGGCUGUGGAACAAGUUACAACAAUUGGUUUUGGCGUCUGGUGGGAAAUUCACCACCGAGGGAGUAGGUUGAAAGACGAGUGGCAUCUCGCCGCUGCCAAUAUAUUGACUAUGUCAGCUUGCAAUGCUGCCAUGGUCUGGAGUCUAGCCCCAAGUCGUUCUUAUGGUCAAACGUUCAGAUUUGAAUGGCAAAAUGCUCUUCAAAAGCUGCCUAACCAUGCUUUUGAUAUGAGCUACCCUUUGAGAGAGUUUGAUAGAACGAAACGAGUAGCAGCGUUUUUCUAUAAGUCUGUGGAACUUGGUUUGAUCGGAGCAGCUUUUGGAGCCGUCGGAGCUGGUUUACAAAGGAUAGUUCCACGGCCGAAGGAUCAACCGCCGUCAAUGCCAAUUCCUUCUGUCAGCACGAGUGCCCUGAGCUACGCCGCGUUUAUGGGCUUGUCUGGAAACGUUCGGUAUCAGUUGCUCAAUGGGCUGGAUCGUGUUAUGGGUCAAAAUAUGAACAGUAUUGGAUUGGUGAUUGCUUGCACUACGGCUUUACGUGUAUUGAAUAUUCAACUCGGGGAUGUAUCGCGCUUGUCAUGGCUGGGGCUGGAUCAGCCUAAUUAUGCUGUGGAAGCCGAGGGAUUAACGAAGGCUUAUCACAGACCUUCUCUUUCACCAGAUUCUGUCGCAAGGUGGGUUAUCCCGAAGAGGGGAGUUAUUUCAGGCUUUUUUGAGGAGAUGUUCAAUCAAGCAAAAGAGCCGAAACAAAAACAACCGUCGAACAUUUUUGCUAAGAGGAAGGUGAAGAGGAAGGUUACCGUUGGGCGUUAAGGUGAGGAUUUGAACUGAGACUUGGUCGAAUUGGGAAGGCAGGAAUGUCUUCAAAAUUAUUGAGAGAAAAUGAGUGUCACCCACAUCUGUCUUUCGGUUGGAGCUGGGACAAAAGCAGCCCUAGGUAGAGAUCACACUGCCUCCUAGAGUAAGCACUUUUUCACUAAAUUCAGGGCCCAAGCAAAUCUGAAAGGAACAGCUUGAGUUGAGGUGUUUUUCUUGACGCGGGCCUAGUAGAUUGCACUCCUGUGCAGAAGAAUCGAAGAGAUAGAGUGAGCUGCACCUUGUACCUGUGUUCCCUACCAGCACAUCAUGGUUGUCCAUAUCGAAGAGCGAACACUUUCUUUCACACCCGAAUAAUGAGAGCUUGUUGGCGGCCAUGGUUCCUGAUGGACUGGAGUUUCGCACUCCCGAGGUUUACGGUUGUGUGACGAUAGCUUUGACUACACUGGUGACGUAUCACGUCAUACAAUCUGCCUUACUAGGACUUAGACGAUUAGAGUUUUUAUUAAGUGUCAGGAGGCUACUGGUUAUCGGGCUGCAAGUUGUUCCAAGAUCCCUCCAGCUUCAAGGCUAGGCUUUUUUAAAACUUCCAUACGGAGAUCAACUCCACUGAGAGGUCUAGAAAUUUUCACGUCUUACUUAUUGUAUAAUGCAAGCGUUCUUAACAAGUUUACCAGUUCUGGAGGUUGUGAUCGGA